UCGGCGAAACCGGACACGAAACUGAUCUUCCUCUCCUUUCUUCUUCCUAACCUCCUAAAUCUAACCAUUUGCCAACAACGGCAACAACUACUUGUGCUAUCUUUUCAUUGAUUUUGGGUGGUCGUAUCGUAUUUAGGACGAAGCGUUGUUAAUACCAAAACUUUCAGUCACGGCUUUUAUCGAACACCUCGGCUACAGUCUUCUUCGCCAUCUAAAGCAGCGUCGGAUUGAGAAUAAUAAGAAGUCAACGGUGGAGGGGGACAAGUGCAGGAUCCCGUCCCCUCACGGUGGAAGGGGUGCUUUACCUUCUGAAGGCGGUUGCCCCUCUGAUCUCCUCUUUCUAGCUGGCGGCGGCGGCGCUGGUUACCACCUUUUCUAAUUUUCCUCGUUAACCCAACCCAACAUUUUCCCCCCUCCCCGCUUAAUUGUCAAAUACUGCACUAAAACAAGAAAAUAUGCUGACCAUAAAGAAGGUUCCCACGGUGGUUUCCAACUACCAAGAAGAUGGCGAUGAUAACAACAAUGCGGCUGGCAUUAGGACCGAAGACGCCACCCAAAGCCAAGCCAGAGGCUGUGCUCGUAAUUGUCUUGGCAAAUGCUGCUUACCUGUUUCCAAGUUACCUUUGUAUGCAUUCAAGAAAAAUGACUAUCCUUCAAAGAACAAUGCUGUCUUUCCUUCUGAUGAUGGCGUAUCACCAAUCUCGUUCUUGAACAACUUGUUGCUGGCCCAAUGGGAAGAUCGAAUGAGGAGAGGGUUAUUCCGGUAUGAUGUGACCUCAUGUGAGACAAAGGUUAUUCCUGGAAGAUAUGGUUUUAUAGCCCAGCUGAAUGAGGGGCGCCACCUGAAGAAACGGCCAACAGAAUUUCGUAUUGACCAGGUUCUUCAGCCUUUUGAUGAGAACAAAUUUAACUUUACCAAGGUGGGCCAGGAAGAAGUACUAUUCAGAUUUGAAUCAAAUGACGAUGACAAGUCCCGUUUCUUUUCCAGCUAUGCAGUUGAUAUUUGUUCGAUUUCACCUAGUGUAGUUGCUAUUAAUGUGAGUCCAAUUGAAUAUGGGCAUGUACUUCUCAUACCUCGGGUGCUUGAUUGCUUGCCUCAGAGGAUUGACCAUGAGAGCUUCUUGCUUGCUCUUUAUUUUGCGAAAGAAGCUGCAGAUCCUUUCUUAAGAGUUGGUUAUAACAGUUUGGGUGCCUUUGCCACCAUUAAUCAUCUUCACUUCCAGGCAUAUUAUCUGUCCGUGACUUUCCCAAUUGAGAAAGCACCAACUCGCAGAAUAAUGGCCAGGAAGGGAUUGCAGGGUGCUGAUUUGGUGGUCUCUGAGCUAUUGGAUUAUCCUGUUCGAGGUCUUGUAUUUGAGGGUGGAUGUGUACUGCGUGACUUAUCUGAUGCUGUUGCAAGUUCAUGCAUUUACCUCCAACAGAAUAACGUUCCUUUUAAUGUUCUAAUUGCUGAUUGUGGGAGGAAAAUCUUUUUGCUCCCUCAGUGUUAUGCAGAGAAACAAGCACUUGGAGAAGUAAGCCUCGAGGUCCUGGAAACUCAAGUCAAUCCUGCUGUUUGGGAAAUAAGUGGACAUAUGGUACUCAAGAGGAGAAAGGAUUACGAUGAUGCCUCAGAGGACUAUGCAUGGAAACUUCUUUCUGAAGUGUCCCUGUCAGGGGUGAGGUUUGAAAGUGUGAAGGCAUGUGUUUCCGAAGCAGCUGGCUUGCAGGUGGAAGUGGAUACAUACAACAUCGACCAGAAAGAAUGUAUCUAUGACUCUGAAGCACCUCAAGUUGCCUCACAUAUGCAACGAGAUUGCCCGGCAAUCCAUUGAAGGAUUAGGCUAUUCUUCUGAGAAUUUAGGUUUUUUUUAAUGUUUAUCUCCAUUCUUUAGCGUUUAUGGGUUGUAGUAUGAGAUUCAGCAGGUCAUUGUGAAGAACAGUUACAUAUAGUCAUAGACAAAAAUCUUGUUCCUCUAGAGGAUGGAUGUUAUUAUAUGAUCUGCAUAUCCCUUGUUUUGAUAUCUCUACUCUAUAGCUUGCUGAUUGACGCUCAUUCAGGCUUAGAGAUUGCCCGAGUUGA